GAGCACAAGCGAGGGCUGGAGAGGCUGCGUAGGAGAAAAAAAAGAAGGAAAAGAGUGAAAAAAACCCAUUUUGAUCCUAUUUUCCUUGAAUCUUAUCCAAUUUCCUCAUUUCUUCGCUGAAAAUCCUUGAUUUUUUGAUCCAUUUGUUCAUCUACUUCAUUUGAAUCAAGGAUUUGAGGGUUUGGAGAUGGAGAAGGAGACGAAGAGUAGCCAAAGACCGCCGCGAAUAGCGCCGGAGCCGGAGUUUCCCUUGCAGUGGGGAAGCCGGAAGCGGCUCCGGUGUGUCAGAGUGCGAGAUGAGACCACACCGGAUAGAUCCGAUGGCCGGCGGCGCAUCAAUCGCCGCAUCGUUGAUAAGGAUCUACCUUUUCCUCCCCUUCUCCCCAUCCCUCUCCAUCCAAGGAUAUCAGAGUCGGCGGGGAGUGAUAGUCGGAAAUCGAGAUCUGCGUCGCUGUCGCCGGAGAAGGAGGAUCGGUUCUAUACGACGAGGGGUUCACUGGCGGCGUGCGAGGAAAAUGGGCAUGGGAUUGGGAUUGACGAGAGAGGAGCUGGCGCCAUGGUUUCCAUGCCGAGGUUCUUCGUUUCUCUUUCGAACAAGGAGAAGGAGGAGGACUUCAUGGCCAUGAAGGGUUGCAAGCUUCCUCAGAGACCUCGGAAGAGAUCCAAGCUCCUCCAAAAAUGUCUUCUUCUUGUGAGUCCUGGAGCUUGGCUUUCAGAGUUGUCUCAUGAGAGAUAUGAGGUUAGAGAGAAGAAGAGCUCAAGAAAGAGGAGAAGAGGAUUGAAAGCUAUGUGUUUGGAGAGUGAUUCAGAAUGAUUUUAAAUUAGAAAGUGAUUUUUGUAUUUU